AUGGCUAACUUCAGCGUUGAUUUAGAGUAUGGGUUGGAAACGCCAGAGCGCAACUAUACCACCGGGACAAUGAUAAUUGUCAUAUUGAUUUUAACCCUGAUUAUAAUUACCACAGUCUCGAUGAAUUUGCUCAUUAUUGCAGCGUUCGCUACGACAAAGAACGUGCGGAAACACACAAACUAUUUCUAUGCAAGUUUAGCCGGCACGGACAUCGCCAUUGGCCUAAUUGUUAUGCCAUUUAUGGCCACGGAGUCCCUACUAGGUUACUGGAAAUUCGGCAAAUGGCCGUGUCUGUUUUGGCUCUCCAUGGAUUAUUUCACAUCGUCAACUUCUGUGUUUAACAUGACUGCCAUUUGCAUCGAUCGGUAUAUGGCAAUUCGUCUCCCGAUGCGGUACCGACCCAUGCGAACACAUAAACUGAUCGUCGGCAUGAUCGUCACCGCCUGGAUAGCAGGAUUCCUGGCUGAAGUGCCCGCUACAUUGCUGUGGGAACCCAUCACAGGAGAGAGUAUAAUCGACUACAAUGACACCUGUGACGUGGAAUGGGUCGAUAAUGUACCUUAUACUCUGACAAGCACGUUUGUCACUAUUGUAUUCCCUUUCGCUAUUAUGUUAAUUCUAUAUUCACAGAUUUAUUUCAUCAUCAGAAAACGCGCUAAAAAGCUGGGCAGAUUUCGUCCCCGCAAAUCGUCGUCUGCCAACAGUAACAACUCCAGUGGAGGUAGUCGAUAUCUAGGGGACUACGUAACUUCGUCCGGUGAUGUGUCAGCGGCGAGGGCAGCCAUACUGCCAGACAUAGGAAAAUCUUCGUUCGGCUCCUCCAGAAACACUAUAAAGACAGUUCGGUAUAAUCGUGUUGCCCGGGACAAGAAAGCGGCAACAACUUUGGGAAUUUUGUUAGGUUUUUUCUUCUUCUCGUGGAUUCCGUGGCAGAUCAUUAGUAUAGUCAACGCGUCCUGUGGCGACUAUUGCACACCUGUUGUGGUCUAUGAUAUAGCGCUGUGGCUUCAGUACUCCAACUCUAUGGUCAACCCAUUUCUGUACAUACUUAGGGAUACGAGUUUUAAAGUUGCUGUUUAUCGAAUAUUUUUUAAGUGCUUCUGUCGAUGUAGAAAAAAGUAA